CUUUGUCCCUAAGAGUGGAAAUAUAAGACAGAAGCUCGAUGCCAAACAUAUCAUUACCAGUCUGGUUUUACUGAGAUUAAAACUUGAAGAUACUCUGGAAUAUGAGAAAAGAAAGCGACAGCACUUUGAACGAGCCGGUCAUCAGUGUUUGGGUGAGAGACCCGCGGAUACGAAAGAAUGACUUUUGGCACGCCUACAUAGACUAUGAAAUUUGUUUACAUACCAGCAGCGUAUGCUUCACCAAAAAGCUGUCGCGUGUUAGAAGGCGAUACAGUGAGUUUGUAUGGCUCAGACAGAAGCUAAAGGAAAAUUCGUUGCUAAUGAUACAGCUCCCAGAGCUGCCCCCCAAAAAUCCCUUCUUCAGCCUGAACAAUGCCCAGCAGAUCACCGAUAGAAUGAAAGGGCUCCAAAAGUUUCUGGAACAAAUACUUCAGAGUCCCCUGCUGCUGUCAGACAGUUGCCUGCACCUUUUCCUUCAGUCAGAACUCAACAUAUCGAAGAUGGAGGCCUGUGCUGCUGGGAGGACGCAUUACACCGUGGCUCAGGCUGUCCAAAACUGCGGCCUGAGGAGGUUCCACUCAGAGACGGACCUGGAGGACCUGCAGACGGACGUGUUCUGUGACUUUGACUCAGAUAGCUCAGAGAGCAGAGAUCCCGAGCGCAAGAUUAACGAUUUGGGAGUAAACAACGCAGAAAGUACAGCUUCACUUGAUUUACUGGGAACCAGCCAAGAAGAAACGAUGAGCUGCUCGCCCGUUUCAAUAUGAGAACAUCACCGUCUUGCUGUCGUAAUGACGGUGUGAACGUUGGAGCCAGCUUGUUUGGACCUUUAAAGAUCGAACUGUUACUCUACAUGGCUGCAUGUAGUUAUUUCUCCUCAAAUGUUUGCUUUUUUUUCUUUUAAAUGUCACAGGUUAUCAUGUCCUCAGUAACAAUGUAUAGUAAGAAAUAAAAAUGUAUAUUUUGUG